UGGAUUUGUAUAGUCUAGUGACAAUUGCCCACAGUGUGUGUUGUGCAAACAUCCGCUUCCUAACAGUGCAAUGGUGCCAGUAGACUUGCGGCGGUGCUUUGAAAUAUUCUUGCGGAUUGUACGGGUAGAAAACGAUUAACUGAUCGCAGGCGAAAUGAACUGUUGACCACCAGAACGUACAUGCAUCCUGCUUCUCAGACGGUAAAGGGAAAAGCUACUGAAGCAAUUUAUAUGAUUAGUUAUCAUAUUGCGUUGACAGCAGAACCUCACACAGUAACCGAGGAACAUAUCAAGCGACGUGCAGUCCAAAUGGCUCGGUACAUCCAUCUGUCUCCAAUACCACCAUCAAAUGAUAUCGUAUCUCGAAGAAUUAAUGCAUUUGCAAUGGCUGUUAAGAAUAAGUUAACCUCACGCAUCAGAUCCGUUCACUUUGCUCUCCAACUGUAUUAGCCAUGGUCACACUUACAGUGCUACAUGUGC